AUGGCGCCCGCGGCCCCGGAGAGCCCCCCGCGGCUUCGGGCGCUGCGCGGGCUGCUGCUGCUCUGUCUGUGGCUCCCGAGCGGCCGCGCGGCCGGGCCGCCCCCGGCUCCGCUGUCCGAGCUGCACGCGCAGCUCUCGGGCGUGGAGCAGCUGCUGGAGGAUUUCCGCCGCCAGCUGCAGCAGGAGCGGCCCCAGGAGGAGCUGGAGCUGGAGCUGCGCGCCGGCGGCGGCCCCCGGGAGGGCUGCCCGAGCCCGGGCGGCGGCGGCUACAGCGCCCUGCUGGACGCCAUCAUCCGCACCAAGGACUCCAUCGCCGCGGGGGCCAGCUUCCUGAGCGCGCCGGCGGCCGUGCGGGACUGGCGGCAGUGCCUGGCGGCCUGCUGCUCCGACCCGCGCUGCUCCGUGGCGGUGGUGGAGCGGCCCUGGCGGCCCGCGCCCCCGGCCGCGGAGCUGGGCUGCUACCUCUUCAACUGCACCUCGCACGGCCGCAGCGUCUGCAAGUUCGCCCUGCACCGCGGCUACAGCACCUACAGCCUCAGCCGCGCCCCGGAAGGCGGUCUGCAAGGCCUGGAAGCCGGCGCCCCGGCCACCGCCCAGGCCUCCUCUCGGCUGGCAAAUGAUGAGCCUCCACUUAGCAAGGCUGGGCAGGAUGUGGUUUUGCAUCUGCCCACAGACGGGGUGAUUUUGGAUGGGCGAGGGAGCACAGAUGACCACGCCAUCAUCCGAUAUGAGUGGACACUGCUGCAAGGUGACCCCUCGGUGGACAUGAAGGUGCCUCGGUCAGGAACCGUGAAGCUGUCCCACCUCCAAGAAGGAACCUACACCUUCCAGCUGACGGUGACGGACUCGGCCGGGCAGAGGAGCUCCGACAACGUCUCGGUGACGGUGCUUCCCACGGCUUUCUCGCCGGGAGGAUGCUCCAACACUUGCUCACGCUACCACUUCUUUUGUGACGAUGGCUGUUGCAUUGACAUCACGCUGGCUUGUGAUGGAGUGGAGCAGUGUCCUGAUGGCUCUGAUGAAACUUUCUGUCAGAAUCUGAAUCUCGAGAGGAAGCUGGUGACCCACACAGCCACUACCCAGCCAAAAACCACAGGUCCAAGCAAAGAUGCAGGAAAGAGCUUCUUGUCAGAAAAGCCCCAGAAAAUCACUGCCUUGAAGCAGCCACCUGUGUCAUCAAACACAGAGAAGAGGAAUCAUUCUGCUUUUUGGGGGCCAGAGCAACUAAGUGAUCCCAUCAUGUCAGGUAGUGGCUCUUCAGAGAAGAACAGAAAAGAGGACAAAUAUAUUUUUGAGUCGAAGAGCAAUCAAGGAGGAAGGGAACACCCAGCCCCAGAAACAGGCGCAGUGCUGCCGCUGGCUCUGGGGUUGGCCAUCACUGCUUUGCUGCUUCUCAUGGUUGCUUGCCGACUACGACUGGUGAAACAGAAACUUAAAAAAGCUCGUCCCAUUACAUCUGAGGAAUCCGACUACCUCAUAAAUGGGAUGUAUCUCUAAUUGUCAUUCAGCUGGGGCAAGGACAUAUUUCACUUAUAAUUUAUACAUAUGUUGGGUUCUGAUAGUUACAACUGCUUCUGUUUUUUACUGGGCGAAGAAAACUACUGAAAACCCAGAAGAUCCUGCAAAUCCCAAAUCCUUGUAUUUAUUUAUUGUAGAGCUAUUUUCCUUGGGAAAUAUGUGAAAUAUUUUGAAAUUUAGAAGCAUCCAUGAUUAAAGGCUUUUACAAAUCAAAUUUUGAUUUAUGUAAGCUAUUCCUGAAAAUUUAUGCAUAGCCAGGCAGAAAAUUCAGUUAUCUCAAGAGGUGAUGUUGGAAUGAGAGAGUCAGGUAACCCUUUAUUUUAAGAAACCAACAGUUGGCCCUGAGAAGCCCUGUCCAUUUAAUGCACAGUUUUUCCUUGAUGCCUGGCUCUCAUAUUCCUUACUUUAAGCUUCCUGUGCUCGCUUUUCUCUUUUCCCCUUCAAAACUGGUUUCUGAAAAUGGAUCUCAAGUCAAUUUAUACCUUCAGUAAGAUGUUACCUUGGCAGGAGGUCAAUCAGGCCUCGGGGAAAGUGAAUGUGGCUUUUUCCUGACACCUCUGACAUCAUGUCAUGUAGGCGGCUGCCUCAUGAAGCAGAACUUUGGGAGAAAAACAACUCAGACUUGGGAUUACAAUAGCUACAACAUGGAUAUGAAAUGAGAUAAGAAGUCAAGGUGAAGACAAGCAUUUUAGCAGAAAACAUUUUAACGGAAACUUAGCUGAGGACAAAAUGAGCAAGACCGAGCAGUAUUUUUAUCUAUUCAACACUGCUUGUUGCUUCAGAGCUUGGUAGGUCAUUCAGAUCAUCACAGUUUUCAACAAUAGUCUGUGUGGAUGGAGGACAAAGAUGCAUCCCUCUGGGAAACCCCAACAUCACGUGGGUUUCCGGGCAGAGCUCUGGUACAAGUGCCACGUGUUGAAGGGUCAGCAGGUUUUUCUAUCCAAUGGAUUGAGCCAAUUUCCCACUUUAUUUACUCAAUGUUCUAAAAUAUUAUGUGCAAUAAGCCAGGCUUAUUAUUCCCAGAACAUAAAGCAGUUUUGCACAAAUCAUUCUUUACAGAAAACUAGCAUUUUAGUUUACUGUCACUUCCCUUCGAUCUGUAGGAUUUUAAAUUCCUAUCACUUAAUCCCGGGCGUACACACAUUCUAGAAAUUAUUUUACUGAGAUAAAGACUAGUGUGGUGCAGUCUACACUCACAUGAUGUUCCUAUUUACAUAAAUUUUUUUUUUACCAAGGUGGCAAAUAAAUCUCCUAAAGUACUUGAAAAUACCCUAGAACACUGUAUUUUCAGAUUGAAUCUGAGGUAGCUUAUUCCUUAUCAAAGGGGUCAGAGAUAUAACAGGAUACAUUCACAAAUGGAAAGUUCUAAAAAAUAAUGAAAUGGAUUUUUAUUUAAGAAAGUCAAGCAUUUUGUUGACUGUUUAGGCUUGAACAAGGAUUUACAUUUCUCAAGGGCAGUUUAGAGAGAUGACUAUGUGAAUGACUAUGUGAUGCUGUACAGUUUGUUUUUAUAUAGAAGAAUGUCACCUAUGGCCAUACCCAGUAAAAUAAACACUAAUCAGGCAUGCAUCUUUUAGCACAUCUUUUCUACAUAAAGAAACUAAACACAGUUUAGUAUUGCUAUGGUGUUGAAAUACUCAAGAUAUAGCAUAUCUGUGUAUGAGAUUCCUUUAAUAAAUAGCAUUUUUUCUUAAGGCUAUUUUUAAACAACUUUUAACAUACUUGUAAUAAGUUGCUAAUAGUUACUGAUUGUUUAAAUUUACUAUAUUACCAGGAAUUAAUCAAAUCAACCCUACUUUACAAAGUAGGGAAGGGGACUAGAGAAGGAGAAUCAAGUCUUGCACAACAUUUAUAUUGUCAAGCGGACUGAAAGGGUUUUUUUUUAAGUCACCUCACCUGUGACUUCUCAUUAAGCAUUUACAAUUUAAAAUAAGUGAUUUCUAAGAGAAAGCUGUUCACAAUUUACCCCUCAAAUAUGUCGUUUCACAUCUCUGUUCCCAAAAAACGCCCACUUAAAACAUCUUCUGAAAACUUUUUUCCUUCAGUCCUUUGUACAAAUAGGAACAGCUACUCCUCCAUUCUUCACAAGCAUUUUAAUGUUUCAAGUCCCCCAAGUAUUAAAUGUGUUCUCUUCUACAGAAAAAAAUUAAAAUUUGUCUUUCUCCAUUGACUUUUCAAAAAUCUGAUUUGGCUCCACAAAUCCCUUUUGCACUUACCCACACCUCCUUUCAUUCUCUGAUGGUUGUUUUCAUGUUGCUCUAUACAACCCCAGCAUAGAGAUGCCUAUUUCUAUUCCCCAGUUUUGAUGUUCAUGGCAGACCUGACUGGACUUCAUCUCAUUAAAUACAUGGUGGCCUGCCCCAGGAUGCUGGCACUGUCCAUAUCUCCACAUAUUAAUGUAACAUAAGAAUCUGAGUCUGAAAUUCUAUUAACUUGGGGUCAUUGUUAAAUUCUGUUGUCCAAAACCAAUUUCAUGUUCUGGUUUGCUUUCUUUUUGGAAUUACAUCAUUUUGUUUCCUAGCAG